AAAGAAAAUAUUAGUGCUGAUGAUGGUAGUGAUGAUGAUUCGCCAGGAUGGUCAGAAUGUAAAGAGUGCUAUGGAUCUAAAAAGAAUUUUGUAAUCUUUAUGGUUGUUCUGUAUGCAAAUGGAAAGGAGAUCGAGACUAUAUUCUCUUGUACGAUAGAUAUUGUG